UUCAAGCUGUCUCUGUGACGCUGCGCGAGAUUUCCAGCUAAACAAAGAUGGUGUCUUCCUGAUGGUCCAUGUGGCUCCACGGAUCUGAAACCCUCCCGAACAUUAAUUUAUCUUACUAAACUCCAUCGGAACCGGUUACUGGAUCAGCGAGGAUCUCUGAGAGGAAGUCAGGAUGCAGCACGACGACGUCAUCUGGGACAUCAUUGGAAACAGGCAGUUCUGCUCCUUUAAAGUCAAAACCAAGGGCGGGAACUUCUGCCGGAACGAGUUCAACCUGACGGGGUUGUGCAGCCGCGCGGCGUGUCCGCUGGCCAACAGCCAGUACGCCACCAUCAGGGAGGAGAAAGGUCAGUGUUUCCUCUACAUGAAGGUGAUCGAGAGAGCGGCGUUCCCGGCCCGGAUGUGGGAGAAGGUGAAGCUGAGCAGGAACUAUGAGAAGGCUCUGGAGCAGAUCGAUGAGAACCUGAUCUACUGGCCGCGCUUCAUCCGACACAAAUGCAAGCAGCGGUUCACCAAGAUCACCCAGUACCUGAUCCGGAUGCGCAAGCUGGUUCUGAAGAGACAGAGGAAGCUGGUUCCGCUCAGCAGGAAGGUGGAGAGCAGAGAGAAGAGGAAGGAGGAAAAGGCUCUGAUCGCCGCUCAGCUGGACAACGCCAUCGAGAAGGAGCUGCUGGAGCGACUGAAGCAGGGAACGUACGGAGACAUCUACAACUUCCCGGUCUACGCCUUCGACCGGGCGCUGGAGCAGCAGGAAGCCGAGAGCGAGUCGGACUCCGAGGUGGAGGAAGAGGAGGAUGACGAGGACGUCGGGCAGAGUGAGUUUGUAGCAGAAGACGAAGUGGACGAGAGCGACCUGAGCGACUUCGAGGACAUGAACAAGCUGAAGACGAGCAGCGAUGAGGAGGAGCAGCAGGACUCAAGUGAGGAAGAGGAGAUGGAGGUGGAGACGAAGGCCUCGCGGUCUAAAGGGAAAUCUCCGGCCAACGGAUCGGCGCCGAGGAGGAAGCGAGCGUUCGUGGAGAUCGAGUACGAGACAGAACCCGCCUCCAAGACCAGAACCACGUAGAGACGCUCCGAUGGCGUCGGACCAGGACCGCUAACCCCCCACCAUGUUGCCAUGACAACAACAAAGCUGCUGACGGCGGAGUCCAUUGAGCCUGAAUGGCACUUGAGUCCAGUUGGACCGGAUCGGGACAGACCAGAGAGACAUUAAAACCCUCAAACCUGAAAAAUAAAAAAUAAAUUUCUUUUUUUAAAAAUAAAUUUUCUGAUUUUAAUUUAUUUGCUUCAAUUUAGAAAAUGUUCUGGAUUUAAUAAAAUCCAACGCAGGAAAAUGAUGGAAUAAAUCCAGAUUUCACAUC